ACUGCUGGCUCUUAUUUCAAUAAUCAAGAAGACCUGAACAUUGUUGUGCAAGUUGGUACUCCGGGCUUGCAGGGCAUUACGGAGAUUACAGAUAUCAUAUUCAUGACACAAGGACCAACUGCAGGCACCAUUGUCAUGGAGUGGAAUGUCCAUGAUCCCUUUGAUCAACAAGGAGCUGCAGGAAUGUGGGAUUCACACAUCUGGCGAGUUCCUUUUAAUCUCAUUUGGGUCCAUCCCCUGAUCUAUGGGGAGUGCCCUUCAGGAACCUAUAGUUCUGCAUGUUUUCCAGCUUUCCUUGAUUUACACAUAACCUAUGGUGCAACAGCUCUUGAGGGAACAUGGGUUUGGCUAGCAGAUUAUGAUCUCGACGGCUUUGAUCAGCUAACCCUGUUCAGUGGAAGAGGCAUUCUGUCACACUCUCAGGGUCCUGUACUAAGAAUCUUAUGGUACGUCUCUUAUUUUCAUUUGAACUUUGUGGGCCACUCAACAUUAAUUCCAGACCUCCACCCUCUACAGAAUGCCUGUCACAAAGCAAUAGUCCAUCUCACCACUCACCUGAAAUCACACCCUCUGUAG